CACCACACCCCCUCCAAUUGUACUCUACACACGUGCUUUGAUUUGUCAAGGUGUCAACGUGAUUACAAAGUUUACGUGUACCCUGUACAGCCGGACGAACUUAUUUCUCCGACUUACCAAAAAAUCUUAAGUGUUAUCCGGGAUUCCCGGUAUUUUACAUCGGAUCCUAGUCAGGCAUGUUUGUAUGUAUUGGGAAUAGAUACUCUUGACCGGGACAGUUUGAGUCCGGAUUAUGUGUCAGAUAUACAAGCCAAAGUGGACCAGGUCAAAUACUGGAAUAACGGUCGCAAUCAUGUGAUAUUUAAUUUAUAUUCGGGCACAUGGCCUGACUAUGCGGAAAAUCUGGGAUUCGACAUUGGGGAAGCUAUACUCGCAAAAGCGAGUAUGUCGACUGCCAACUUUCGACCUGGAUUCGACGUUUCCAUACCCCUCUUUUCAAAAUCGCAUCCCGAAAGGGGGAGUGAUCGGGGUUAUGUGGGGUCCGGUGACCUGCCGGCCACCAAAAAAUACCUCCUUGUGUUUAAAGGAAAACGAUAUCUAUACGGUAUUGGUUCUGAAACCCGGAAUUCCUUAUAUCACUUACACAAUGCCAAGGAUAUAAUACUUUUGACAACUUGUAAACACGGCAAAAAAUGGAAAGAAAUGAAAGAUCCUCGCUGUGAAUUAGAAAAUAAAGAAUAUGACAGAAUUUUUUAUGGGUGAUAUAAAAAGGCAACUCACAUUCUCAAUAAUAAAUCAAAUCCUGUCUGGUGAAGAUUCUUGAAAUUUAAAAGUGGAGAUACGAUUGAACUGUAAUGUUAAGUGUCAAGUAGAGUACUCAAUUCAGCCACCAGCUUUGAAUAGGUAAUAAUCUUCUCAUAUGAAUGUUCGAUCCCAAAUAUAUAUUUAAUUACUCAUUUGUCUUGUGCUAAUCGGAGAU